UUGGGCUGGUGCCGUCACAGCCGCCGCCGGCCGGAGGGAAAAAGAAAGGGGCCGGCGGGGGUGGCAGGUUAGCCGCUGCUUUGUCUUCUCAGCUCCGGUUCUGUCUGCGUUGCCGCAGGGAGGCCGCCCCGGCCCGGCGAGCCGAGCCAAUGCUGGAUCUGGAGGUGGUGCCGGAGCGCUCUCUGGGGAACGAGCAAUGGGAAUUCACACUGGGAAUGCCUCUGGCUCAAGCAGUAGCCAUUCUUCAGAAGCACUGUCGCAUCAUCAAAAAUGUUCAGGUUCUCUACAGUGAGCAGUCUCCUCUAAGCCAUGACCUCAUCCUUAACCUGACUCAGGACGGGAUCAAACUACUGUUUGAUGCUUUCAAUCAGAGACUUAAGGUGAUUGAAGUGUAUGACUUGACUAAAGUAAAGUUAAAAUAUUGUGGUGUGCAUUUUAACUCUCAGGCCAUACCUCCCACCAUUGAGCAGAUUGACCAGUCUUUUGGCGCAACUCACCCAGGAGUGUACAACUCUGCUGAGCAGCUCUUCCACCUCAACUUCAGAGGACUGUCCUUCUCAUUUCAGUUAGACUCGUGGACUGAGGCUCCCAAGUACGAGCCCAAUUUUGCCCAUGGCCUAGCUUCUCUGCAGAUUCCUCACGGAGCGACUGUGAAACGAAUGUACAUCUAUAGUGGCAAUAGCUUACAGGAUACCAAGGCUCCUGUGAUGCCCCUGAGCUGUUUCCUGGGCAAUGUGUACGCUGAGAGUGUAGAUGUUCUUCGCGAUGGAACUGGACCCUCAGGUUUACGACUUCGCCUACUUGCUGCAGGCUGUGGGCCCAGCCUGUUGGCAGAUGCCAAGAUGCGAGUAUUUGAGCGUUCAGUGUAUUUUGGUGAUUCCUGCCAAGAUGUUCUUAGCAUGCUUGGCUCUCCACACAAGGUCUUCUAUAAGUCAGAAGAUAAGAUGAAAAUCCAUUCUCCCUCCCCUCACAAGCAAGUCCCAUCCAAGUGCAAUGACUACUUUUUUAACUACUUUACUCUUGGGGUGGACAUACUUUUUGAUGCAAAUACACACAAAGUAAAGAAGUUUGUCUUACAUACCAAUUACCCUGGGCAUUAUAAUUUUAACAUUUACCACCGCUGUGAGUUCAAGAUCCCACUAGCCAUAAAGAAAGAAAACACAGAUGGUCAGACAGAAACCUGUACAACCUACAGCAAGUGGGACAACAUCCAGGAGCUCCUGGGCCACCCUGUGGAGAAGCCUGUGGUCCUGCACAGGUCAUCCUCCCCAAACAACACCAAUCCAUUUGGCUCCACAUUCUGCUUUGGUCUUCAGCGGAUGAUCUUUGAGGUCAUGCAAAAUAACCACAUUGCCUCAGUGACCCUGUACGGCCCACCUCGGCCUGGUGCCCACCUGAGAACAGCAGAACUCUCCUAGGGGCACCACUAUGUGUCCCUCUUCCCUAUGGAACUGUGCACCAUAUCUUGCUCAGUGGGCCUCCGUGUGCCACCCUGGACACCUUUCUUGGACACCUUGCCAGUGUUGAAGGGCUGUUGUGAUACCCUGAGGUGGGCCUUGGGUGUGCUGAGGGCCCGCUUAUUCCUCUGUCCAUCCUCAGCCUGCAGGCACCAACCAGCAGGAGAAACUGAUUGCAAAGAGAAGCACAAACUCUGAGCCUUGAUAUCUGGACCCAGGAACUCAACUAACACGAGGAGGCAGGGUACUGUCACCCCUGACCUACACACAUUGGGAAAGUUGGGUUCUUUCUGUGGCUGAGGACACAGACAUCCAGGAUGAGGACAAGAAGUCCUGCCUUUGGCCACACAUUGCCACGUGACCCUUAAACCAAGCAGGUAGCAUGUCCAUAGUACUUGGUUGUGACAUUUGCACUACAUCCACUUUAGUUACUUGAUGAGCUGGCUGGGGCCCAUCUGGCUCACCUGCCCUUCCCGGUUCCUUUUCUUGCACGAACUCCCUGCCAGGCCCAGCAGGCACACUCAAGUGGUUUGAAACAGAGAUUUCUACCCUCCAGGAAUGUGCCCAGGCCUGGUCCUCUCCCUUCGUGGAGCCAGCCUUCAUGGUCCCUGUGCCCCUGCUCUGCCCUUACCUGGCUGGUGGGGCUGCAUGUUUUCAUUCUGUUUGCCUCUUUUAUUUGAUGCCAAAGUUUUAGCCAAAGACAUCUUCCUCCCUCUGUUCUAGUAUUCUGUUCUGCACUGUGGGCUGGCUCCCUGCCCCUGCCUCAGCCCUGGGCAGUGUCCCCUGGCCGGGCCCUUUCCUGGCCCAAGGCCUCUGGGGGCUCAAGGAGGGCUGAGUCUGCUCAGCCUCUUCGUGGGUCUUGCUAAGGAAAGUAGCGUAUGUGCUUUAAAAAUAUUAAUCCUUUUGAAAAGAAUUGAGGAGAGAAAUGUAUAAUUUUAUCCCAUUUUUAAUAUUUUGGUCUAGCAACUUGUGAUACAUAGAUGACAAUUUUGUGAGUUUUUCAACUGUGUGUACAGAUUUUUGUAAAUAUGACUCUUUUGUAAUUAACUCAUGUACAGCCUCAUCCUGUAUAGUCUAAUGACAGACGCACAGGGGACCUGCCCUGGGCGCCUGUGGUUCCUGGGCCAGCAGCCAGGCUUGUGUGGCACUCUCAUGACUUUGUGACUGACUGUGGUGUCUUCCCACUGAACCAUGCCUGGCCAGAGACCCCCGACCCCGAGCAUCCUGUGUCCGGGGCAGCCAGGACUGUUCAUCAGCCUUCCUCAUCUCUGUUCCCCCCCGGGAAUAAAGCACCUAUGCCCUCAGCAGCUGCUCACCAUGUGCUGUUGCUGGGAUGUUUGUA